AUGCCUGAAUCAGCGGUACUUUUAAGUCGCUUGAGAUUGUUCUUGAGCCCCGGUUAUCCAUAUGAAGAAAUUUUAAGGACAUUUCACAACCAGACCAGCAUUAUCAUGUGCUCAUACCUCCCGUACUUCACAAGCUUUAACAGAACAAAGGGAGGUUUGAUUGAACUAAACCAUGGAAGGCCUCAGCCUCUUCAGUAUGUGGUCAAUGCAGCCUUCUUGGCUACGCUGUACAGUGACUAUCUUCGAGCUGCAGAUACACCUGGAUGGUACUGUGGACCUAAUUUUUAUUCAAUUGAUGUGCUGCGCAAAUUUGCCGAGACCCAGAUUGACUACAUCCUUGGGAAAAACCCUAGAGGGAUGAGUUAUGUGGUGGGCUUUGGCAAUCAUUAUCCGAGGCAUGUCCACCACAGAGGUGCAUCAAUCCCCAAGAACAAGGUCAAGUACAACUGUAAAGGAGGAUGGAAGUGGAGGGACAGCCCAAAGCCUAAUCCCAAUACUCUUGUUGGAGCCAUGGUUGCUGGCCCUGACAAGCAUGAUGGUUUCCAUGAUGUCCGUACUAAUUACAAUUACACCGAGCCAACGCUUUCAGGCAAUGCAGGUUUGGUGGCGGCCCUUGUGGCUUUGUCGGGUGACCAGACCAAUGGAAUUGACAAGAACACCCUAUUCUCAGCAGUUCCCCCUAUGUUUCCAACUCCACCACCACCGCCAGCGCCUUGGAAACCAUGAGAUGGCUUUGUUCCAUAUCAUUUUUUUGCGGCGACUUAAAGUUUAGAUGGUUUUGCUGCUGCCGCUGUUCUUAGAUACUAAGCAACAUGAAAGUAAAAGACAACGCCAUACGUGAUGAAGAAGCCAUGGCUUAACACCUUGACGAUAGGCAGGCUGGGGUGUAGGACUGUAAAUUUGGACUAGUUUGAUGAAGUGGUUGGAAAUUUGGGCAUGUCGUUGGUUGUAUCUAUAUUCUGCAUGUAUGUAAGAAAUCAAUCCUGUAUUCUUUUCAACACUAGCAAAAUUGAACAGGCUGUAUUUGGCUACAAUAGGCGUAUGUAAUAAUUUCUUUUAUUUCUUGUACACAUCUUAUUAAUUAGUUAAUGCACACGUACUGCGUGG